AUGCCGCCAAUUCGCCAGCAUCAACAAUUAUCUAACGUUGAAGCAACAGAAAACAUUCCGCCAAAUACAAGAGCGUCAAGGGUUGGCGUAACUAAUUUUAUAAACGUGAUUAAAAAUUUACAUCCUGGUGAAUCGAGAAAUCAUUUUCCAAUUACACAAGAAACACUUCAAGAAUAUAUCGAUUCAAAAAGGAAAGCAUUAAUAAAAGCAGGCUCACUCGAACAAUAUCUGCAACACAUACAAGCUUACAAUAUCGCAUUAGGUUUUGGCUGGCAGGGUCAAGUCUUUGGUCCUAUAAUAAAGAAAGCAUUAGACGAAUUAAGAGAUCAUGAAGAGGAAAUUCAGAUAAUUUAUCACCAUAAUCAUCUUCAUCAACCACAAAUUACGUUUGCGCCAAUAGAAUUUAAUACAACUGUUACGACUGCUAAUACGACAACUCCUGCUGCGGAUGUUAUAAAUAUGUUGGUAGGAAUGGAUGUUGAUGUUGCGGAUGUUAUAAAUAUGUUGGUAGGAAUGGAUGUUGAUAAUAGUAAUAAUAAUGUAGCAAGACAAAAUAAUGAACAAUCAAAAACAAUCCCAGUAGUCUGUUUCGAUACCACAUCCAAUCCGUAUGUAAUGAUGAGUCAGCAAGUAAAUGUGUCGCUUAGCAAUUUAAACUUCACCGAUUCAUUUCAGAAUUUACGUCAACUCUAUGUGAAUAUUGCAUCAUUAAACCUUCCAUCUCAAUGGGACGCUGUUGAUAUUUCUCAUCUUCAUUAUCGAAUUGGUAUUUUGAAUAAUUCCGAGCAUUUCAGAAUAACCGAUGAAUCUGAAUUCGCCCGCUUCUGGGAAACAUUUACUGGUGAUAUUAACAAACGCGACAAGCAGGUUCAGUUGGUAGUGUAUCGAAAAACAAGAAGAUUACACCAUGCAGCUAACUGUUUUGAUAAUAAUAAAUGUCAACCUCAAACCCCAGAAUCAUCAGCUAGUGCUUCUUCUCCACGUCUUAUCGGAUCGACUUCAGAAACAAUCUUAAAGUCCGUAACAAUAAGAUCCAAGUCAAAAAUUUACAAACAAAACAUUGCUAUGGGUGAGAACACAACCUUCGCAUCAUUGAUUACUUUCGCAACUAAUAAAGCAAUACCUCCAGUGGGAAAACAAUUUGUAAUUCGAUCCAUUGAUGAAACAUUCGAGUAUAUACCUGAUGAUUUGGUAAAAGAAGUGAUAACAGGAAUAGAGCAUGCAGAACUUCUUGUUACGCUGGAAGAAGUUGGUCCUAUUGAUUUCGAUUAUUUUUAG